UCCCUGCCGCCUCUUGCUCUCCACUCUCCACUCUCUGAGCCUCGGCUUCCAAAGACAAGCAAGCAUGUCGAAGCUUCUUGCACCGGCAGCGCUCCCGGCGCUCUUGCUGCUCGCGCUGUCCGCGUGCGCGACACCCGCACGCGGCGGCGACGACUACACGGCGUUCGUGUACGCCGGGUGCUCGCAGGCGCGCUACGACCCCGGGUCGCAGUACGCGGCGGACGUGGACACCGCACUGUCGUCCCUCGUCAACAGCGCCGGCUACACGGCCUACGCCAACUACACCUCGCCGUCGGCCGCCACGGGCCUGGCCGGCGUGUACCAGUGCCGCUCCGACCUCCCCGCCGCCGUCUGCGGCGGCUGCGUCAAGUCGGCCGCCUCCAAGCUCUCCUCGCUCUGCAACGCGGCCGCGGGCGCCGCGGUGCAGCUGCGCGCCUGCUUCGUGCGGUACGGGAACGACUCGUUCCUGGGGAAGCAGGACACGACGGUGCUGUUCAAGAAGUGCGGCGGCGAGAGCGCCGGGGACACGGGCGUCGUGGCCAUGAGGGACGCCGCGCUCGGCGCACUCGUGGCCGCCUCCGCGCCCGCCGACGAGGGCUCGUACCGCGCCGGCGCCGCGGGGUACGUGCAGGCCAUGUCGCAGUGCGUCGGGGACCUCGGCGCCAAGGCCUGCUCCGACUGCGUCUCGGCCGCGUCCUCGCAGCUCAAGGCCGGCUGCGGGUACGCCUCCGCCGGGGAGGUGUACCUCGGCAAGUGCUACGCGCGCUUCUGGUCCAAUGCCGGCGGCGGCAGCGGCAGCAGCGGCGUACCGGUCGGAGGUGGCGCCGGCGGCACCGGCACCAGCAACGGCGUCGGUGGCGCCGGCGGCGUGGGAGGAGCAAGCAAUGGAUACGCCUACGGCGGAUUCGUGCCAAAUACCUACGGCCAGCACGAUGAAUCCGGGAAAACCCUUGCCAUCAUCAUCGGCCUCGUAGCGGCGGUCGCCAUUGUCAUCGUCCUCCUCUCCUUCAUCCGCAGGGCCGGCGGUGUCGGCGGCAAAAGCUAAGAGAGGCAUGCAGCAGCAGGAUGGCCUCGACUCGGCUCCAGAUCGGAUCGGUCGCUGGCUUUUUGCUUGAAAACCGCUUUAGUCCGUCUGCAUCUUUAUAUCUUUUAGGGUCUCUUUUGUCCUGUCAUUAUCGGCCGAAACAAAGGGAAGCCAUGCAUUCUGAAACGACGCGAGCUGAAAGGCGUCCGCUGUGCAGAAACGCGAAAGGGGAAGAUUCCAGCCGCUACCAACUACUCUAGCCACCAAGGGAAAUAUAUAUAUUCACCACAAAAAAUAACUUAUGUGGCAUCUGCUCGUUAUAUAUAUACUUAUAUACAGCGUAUUUAUCUGCGUACCCAGCAUGAUUCAUGUCCAAGUUGAUGAUGUCUUACAGUUGGUGAUGAUGUGGAUUUAUUUAUUACUAUAUAUGUAUAUUAUUUUUAGUCUCUUUGAGGUAAUUGGCUACUGGAACUUUGUAUCCUUGAGAAUGGCAUGGCAUAUAAUAUAGUGAUUGGUGUGGAGGUUGAGGAGCUCAA